AUGUGUCCCGCAAGUAACUGUUAUGUUAUCUAAAUACAUCCUAUAGAUACAUUUGUUGACAUCUGUGCUUUAUUUGUCUUUCCCGUGCAGUGCCUCGCCUCGCCGCGUUUGGUACCUUUUCAUCAAGGUAAGCAUGACGUUAGGCAAAUUACGCAGUUAAGGUGAUUAAACUAAGACAGGCCUAGGAUUUACUAUAGUUAGUAACAGAGGCUCUUUCUGUUUUGAAAUCACCAGUAACCUUAUGAAAUGUUUGCUCUAUUUAGCAUAUCCUUACAGUAGUGUAAUUUAUUUGUAUUGUUAAUGCCAUUUAGAUUGUCUUGAUGGUCUUUCUCUGUCAUAUCAAUCAGUUGUAUUGUAAUGUCGUAUUACCUCAUAUUUUUCUACCACACAGAUCCAUUUCAGUAUUUGCGAUACAACAGAGGUCGUCGCUACACCACAUUGCUGAAAGUGGCAAUGCUACAUGGUAAGGGAGGUCCUGCAAACAUGUCAAUUUGUCAAAGUAUUUGUUUGAGUACUUCAUAUUACCUAUUUUCUUCCAGUGUGGUUCCAGUCAGAGAGAAAAGCACAGCGGUGGCUGCUGCCAAGCCAACUGCAGUAGCAAGCAGCAAGGGAGAGUAUGUCAUCACUAAGCUGGAUGAUCUGGUGAACUGGGCACGCAGGGUAAGUCAGUGCUCAGAUUCAAUGCCACACAACACCUAUGUUCUUCAGUGGCAAUGGUCCAUUUUGAAUGUUUGUCAAUUUUUCAAUAAGAAAAUCAAGAAGUGCACCCUCCCCAUCCCAAACUCCUCUUUGUGACCUUCUCUAUUCUGUGGCUGAUUGGCUGCCAGUCAAACAACUGUCAAAAUGAUUAAACUAACUACAGAGGGAAGCACAGUAUGAUCUCAGGCAUUCCUCUAAACCAGCCAUAAGCUUUUUUUGUUUGUUUGGAACUCAGUCGGGGUCUCAACUUACUGUUGAGUCAGAAUAGUAGAAUACACAAGGUGCAAUUUCUACAUUUUGGUUGUGCAUCAGCAGUUUUUAUUUUAUGUCAAUCACUGACAGUCACUCAAUUAGCCAUGUCAGCUAACAAUUUUGGUAAGAAUACUGACCUGGCACGUGCCCAGGGGCCCUGACCUCCAGGGGGCCCCCAUUGCUUUUGUUUGUCACUCUCACUCAGAUAUCACGUUAACAUGGCAUAAGUCAUGGCAGAAUGUGUAGAAUUGCAGGAAAUUUACUUUGAAACAUAUUUUCCUCUCUGCCAUCACUAAAAUGUUUAGCUGAUGAGGUGGGGGGUCCCUCCAGCCAUAUCUCGCUUAGGGCCCCCAAAAUAACUCCUGCUCUAAACCACACUUUUUGACCUCCUUUUCUUUUCACCAGAGAUGAAUAAGGGAAAAACAUAUUGACUGACUCAAUGAUCUUUGUUCAGAUAGUUUUGUUGACCUAUCAGUCUAAUCUGUCUUUGUGCAUUUCUACAUUAGAGCUCCCUAUGGCCCAUGACGUUUGGCCUGGCGUGCUGUGCGGUGGAGAUGAUGCACAUGGCUGCUCCUCGCUAUGACAUGGACCGAUUCGGAGUGGUGUUCAGAGCCAGCCCCAGACAGGCCGACGUCAUGAUUGUGGCAGGCACCCUGACCAACAAGAUGGCCCCCGCUUUGCGCAAGGUAUUUGACUGAAGGACAUGUUUCUUUGGAGAAAGGAGUUCUGUAUUUGCAUUUAUUGAGUGUAUGAAUUCAACAUGAUGCUCAUUAUUUCCCCUAGGUUUAUGACCAGAUGCCUGAGCCAAGAUAUGUCAUUUCCAUGGGAAGGUAAAGUAUUGUCCUAAUAUGAUUAGGUUUAAACAGAAAAAUGUUAGUGGUUGUCUUGUUUGAAAUGGAUCUCAUUAUGUCCUUGAAACUUUUUCUUUUAAAAACACCUGAUUGUUUAACGCAACAUCCCUAAAGUUGACUGCUUUUACCGAUUGUGAUUUAAUUCCACACACCAAGUUUUACCAUUACACACAGUGCUUUUACAGUGUUGGUCAUAUUCAACUGUUAGUUGAGACAGUGUAUCUUAUUACUCUGUCCUUCAGCUGCGCCAAUGGGGGUGGCUACUACCACUACUCUUACGCAGUGGUCAGAGGGUGUGACCGCAUCGUACCAGUGGACAUAUACGUUCCAGGUAUGUCAUUCUGUUUUUGUUAUUUUAAUUAUUAUAAAACAAAUUAGUUCUGUCCCUGAUACAGUGGGGAAACAAGUAUUUGAUACACUGCCGAUUUUGCAGGUUUUCCUACUUACAAAGCAUGUAGAGGUCUGUAAUUUUUAUCAUAGGUACACUUCAACUGUGAGAGACGGAAUCUAAAACAAAAAUCCAGAAAAUCACAUUGUAUGAUUUUUAAGUAAUUCAUUUGCAUUUUAUUGCAUGACAUAAGUAUUUGAUACAUCAGAAAAGCAGAAUUUAAUAUUUGGUACAGAAACCUUUGUUUGCAAUUACAGAGAUCAUAUGUUUCCUGUAGGUCUUGACCAGGUUUGCACACACUGCAGCAGGGAUUUUGGCCCACUCCUCCAUACAGACCUUCUCCAGAUCCUUCAGCUUUUGGGGCUGUCGCUGGGCAAUACAAACUUUCAGCUUCCUCCAAAGACUUUCUAUUUGGUUCAGGUCUGGAGACUGGCUAGGCCACUCCAGGACCUUGAGACGCUUCUUACGGAGCCACUCCUUAGUUGCCCUGGCUGUGUGUUUCGGGUCGUUGUCAUGCUGGAAGACCCAGCCACGACCCAUCUUCAAUGCUCUUACUGAGGGAAGGAGGUUGUUGGCCAAGAUCUCGCGAUACAUGGCCCCAUCCAUCCUCCCCUCAAUACGGUGCAGUCGUCCUGUCCCCUUUGCAGAAAAGCAUCCCCAAAGAAUGAUGUUUCCACCUCCAUGCUUCACGGUUGGGACGGUGUUCUUGGGGUUGUACUCAUCCUUCUUCCUCCAAACACGGCGAGUGGAGUUUAGACCAAAAAGCAUUUUUUUUGUCUCAUCAGACCACAUGACCUUCUCCCAUUCCUCCUCUGGAUCAUCCAGAUGGUCAUUGGCAAAUUUCAGACGGGCCUGGACAUGUGCUGGCUUGAGCAGGGGGACCUUGCGUGCGCUGCAGGAUUUUAAUCCAUGACGGCGUAGUGUGUUACUAAUGGUUUUCUUUGAGACUGUGGUCCCAGAUCUCUUCGGGUCAUUGACCAGGUCCUGCCGUGUAGUUCUGGGCUGAUCCCUCACCUUCCUCAUGAUCAUUGAUGCCCCACGAGGUGAGAUCUUGCAUGGAGCCCCAGACCGAGGGUGAUUGACCGUCAUCUUGAACUUCUUCCAUUUUCUAAUAAUUGCGCCAACAGUUGUUGCCUUCUCACCAAGCUGCUUGCCUAUUGUCCUGUAGCCCAUCCCAGCCUUGUGCAGGUCUACAAUUUUAUCCCUGAUGUCCUUACACAGCUCUCUAGUCUUGGCCAUUGUGGAGAGGUUGGAGUCUGUUUGAUUGAGUGUGUGGACAGGUGUCUUUUAUACAGGUAACGAGUUCAAACAGGUGUAGUUAAUACAGGUAAUGAGUGGAGAACAGGAGGGCUUCUUAAAGAAAAACUAACAGGUCUGUGAGAGCUGGAAUUCUUACUGGUUGGUAGGUGAUCAAAUACUUAUGUCAUGCAAUAAAAUGCAAAUUAAUUACUUAAAAAUCAUACAAUGUGAUUUUCUGGAUUUUUGUUUUCGAUUCUGUCUCACAGUUGAAGUGUACCUAUGAUAAAAAUUACAGACCUCUACAUGCUUUGUAAGUAGGAAAACCUGCAAAAUCGGCAGUGUAUAAAAAACUUGUUCUCCCCACUGUAUAUGUACAGCAAUGUGGAAAAUAGCUAUUUGAAGAUCAUCUUAUAUGACUCAAAUUGAUUGUUUACUUGUCCUCCUGUAGGCUGCCCACCCACAGCAGAGGCCCUUCUCUACGGCACGCUCCAGUUGCAGAAGAAAAUAAAGAGAGAGAAGAAAAUGAGGAUUUGGUAUCGCAAGUGA